CGUGCCCAGCCAAUCAGGAAAGGAAUUGAAUCGGGUGUCGAUGGGAAGCCAGUAUAAAUAGGCCGAUCAAGUCGAAUUGUGGCACACACCAAAUCGGACCUCAGAAGCCGCCAUCGGAGUUCUGAGACCAAAGAGAACAGUGACAAGAUGUUUCUGGUAGCAGCUAUCUGCGUGUUGGCCGUUGGUGCCAAUGCCCAGGUUGGGCCCUCAGGAAUCGUCAGCCCUGAUGGUGUCAAUACCCAGUUCACCCACGAAUUCGUAAACGACAUCGCAGUAAUAGGACCUUCUGGCAUCGUGACAAAAUCAGGAGCCAACCGUCAGCUCACCCAUGGUGAGGCCACCCUCAACGCAGCAGCCCCUGCACCUGUUCCAGUGGCUCACUUCGUCAGCAGCCCCAGAGGAGUCUUCGGAUACUCAGGCAUCGUCCGACCCGAUGGAAACAACGUCCAGUUCACUCAUGAACAGGCCAACAACAUCGUCUUGGUAGGACCAUCUGGCGUCGUCACUAAGGAUGGGAAGAACAUCCAGCUCACUGAUGACCUCCAUUUUGCCCACCGUGCCAAGCGCGCUCUCAUUGGACCCUCUGGAAUGAUCACCGAUGAUGGCACUCCAAUCCAGUUCAGAACUCCUGGAGCUACCAUCCUUUUGGAAGGACCUUCUGGAUACAUCAUGUCUGACGGAACACUCGUCCAGAAGCGUGCCAAGAGAUCCCUGGAUGGAGCCCUUAUUGGAGCCUCUGGAAUCAUCACCAAAUCCGGUCAGCUCAUCCAGUUGGAACCAGGCGUCAGCAUUGUUCAUGCUGGUCCAUCUGGUGUUGUUCUUUCCAACGGAAGGAACAUCCAGUUCCUUUAAUUGGAUAACUGAUACGUAGGCUGAUAUUUCUUUUUCCUAUAUUUUUAUGUCUAAACGAUGAAUGUUCUUCACCUGCCUUCUCUCUAGUCCACAGGUUCCCUUGUCAUCUUUUGGUGAUGCAUUGGACAUGAUUUAAAGUUUUCUAUAAAGAAAAGUCAUGACUGCUAAAUAAAGUUCUGUUAUUACGAUGAUCA